AUGCCUCCACCAGCAAGUCCAAGACGAAUAAAGAAGCGGAGGAAACUUCGACGUCAGUGGUUGAAAGGAUCCAUCCUGACGGUCAGUUUCUUUGUCAUUACUUGCAUCCAUAUCACCUCGGUGACACACUUCUGGUUGUUCCGAGAAAAGGCAGAGCAAAUCUUUGCACUGAUGGAGGCUCCUACCGGUAUAGAUGAUCGGGUCUUCACCAAUAAUGCUACUGCUGCUGCCAGAGAUCCAGGUGAUGCAUACAUGCCUGGAUUGUUGCGAGGCAUCGAGCCACCCUCCUUACCACCCACGACCAGCAAAUUUGGACCCCCAGAUAAUACGCAUUCCGCGAGACAGGCUUUUCCCAGUACCGGUAGGAAGAGUAAAACCACCAUUGGAUAUGCGGUGACCAUCACGUCCUGCAACAUCAACGGCACCAAUGCCGACACUGACACGGACCUCGCAGUGAUUUUGGAUGCUGCAGCAGUCUUGGAGCAUUCAAUUCACUUGGCGCAUCAUCAGAGUACCAAGUAUGACUAUCAAAUGCAUGCCUUUGUGUAUCGCAGUGCAUCGUCCUCUUGUCCUCGGUUGAUCCCACGGCUGUCCCAACUGGGUUACAACGAACAACUCCUGCACAACCACAACCACCUGAAAUUAUUGAACGAAGCUACCAACCGCAGUACGAUUCCGUUUCUUCAAUGGCCCUUCCACAAACACCAAGGUGACAAUAAUCCACAAUCUCUGGAAGCCUUGUUGGUCCGAGACUAUUCCAUGGUGAACCAGCCCAGCAAUCCCAUGAAACGACGAGUGGGUGUACAAAGCGGCUUUUGGAUUGUCAAACCCAACCCCUAUGUCUACAUGGACCUCCUGGACAUGAUCACGGAACCAUUCCAUGCGUUUGUCCAGGGUCGGGGAGGGAAGAAAGUGCCUCGCGAGGACUAUGUGCACUAUGGCCAUGAUGCUCCAAUCCAAGAACUCUUGAGCUAUUACUACCGGUACGGUCAAGUUCAUCCCAACAGUGUGGCGGAACUGCAUCAUUGUCAUUACCAAAGUGCCGCAGCUCCUCCCCAGCGCCAAUUCUGUAGCAACCAGGCUAGUACUACAACGGUGAUGAAUUGCGCCGAUUGUCGUCACACUCCCUUGGACGAAGUUUAUACGAUUCAUUUCACAUCCUCUGUUUGUCAAAAACCCUGGCAGUGCCUGACUCAACGCGAUACACCGCAAUGCAGUCGGUUUCUGUUGGAAUGGCACCGCAUCCGAUAUGAUUUGGAAGAGAAACGAAAUUUGGUCUUGAUCCCCAACAAGUAUUGGCAUUUGGGCCAAGUCAAUGCGUCCAGUCGGAUCGAUGUCAUUGAAAACUUUGAAGGGCAUUGUCGAGAAUUGGAGGAGGGGCAGAAAUAUCAAUAUGUGCCCAUUCAUUUCGACGACAUGGAGGAAGAAGCAGGUUGGUGA